AUGUCUACAAAAGUGAAAGAUUUAGCGGACAAAGUUCGUGGAUGGAAACUUGUCCAAAAAACUCUUCCACGAAUCAUCGAAUAUGGAAGAAGCGAAGGGAUUCUGCAAGUGUCGGCGCCAAGCAAUGCAUUCAACAUCACCGGCAUAGUUUUAGCCGCUCAGGAAGAAGCGCACACACAAAAAGAGACGAAGACCGGCGAUAAGGUGAAUCUUCCAACGAAUGAUUUGACGAUGAUGCAUGAGGCAAUUCCUUUCCUACCAGUUCCAGUCGCUCUACUUUGUUUAUUUUUAAAUGUUGUUAUCCCGGGAACAGGUACGAUACUUUCUGGAAUAUCGGCUCUAUGCAUGGGUCAACCGCGUGUAAAUCUGAAAGAAGGACGUAAGCUAGUCACUCUGGUAGUGAAUCUGCUUGUUGGUGUGAGCCAAUUCUUUACAAUAACGUUCCUCUUCGUUGGAUGGUUCUGGAGCAUCGCAUGGGGCGGGCUUUUGAUAAUUCAUUCAAUGCAAUAUCGUGAAGCGCUUCAACAACGUCGACAGGAAGCCGUAGCAACGGCUGCGAUUGAAGCGCUCACUAAGGAUUCGAUCCUUCAUCGAAGAGAUGUGAAAACACUUGUGAAAACGCAUAAACAACAAGCAAAGGACAAGAAAACCACUUCGUAG